GCGAGCCGAGGGGCGGAACAAGAGGAGGAAGCCGGGGCCGGGGCAGCUGCGCAGGAGGCGAGCACCGGGCGGCGGGGAGGGGGGAGUGAGGACCCGGCGGCCGCGAGGCGCGGGGACGGCGCUGGGCGGCGGGAGCAGUCUGGCUGCGGCGGCGGUCGCGCAAGGAGGCGGGCUCCGUUCGGCUCGGCGGGCGCCCGGGCGCGGCUAGCUCCGGAUCCCUACCUGCGCAGACACCGAGUCCACGGGUAAGCUGAGUGCACUCAACGAGAAGAGAAGCAAGGACCAGGUCACCAUGGCUUCAGUGUCUACUCAUGGAAACCAAGAUAAAGGCCACCAUUUGCCACCACCAAGCAAACAGAGUCUGUUAUUUUGUCCAAAAUCAAAACUGCACAUCCAGAGAGGAGAGAUUUCGAAGAUUAUCCGAGAAUGUCAAGAAGAAAGUUUCUGGAAGAGAGCUCUGCCUUUUUCUCUUGUGAGUAUGCUUGCCGCCCAAGGACUGGUCCACCAAGGUUAUUUAGCAUCUAACCCAAGAUUUGGAUCAAUGCCCAAGGUUGCGUUUGCAGGUAUCUUGGGAUUUGCCCUUGGAAAGGCGUCAUACAUACGGGUAUGCCAGAGUAAAUUCCAUUCUGUUGAAGAUCAGCUACGUGGGGCUGGUUUUGGUCCAGGGCAUAACAGGCACUGCCUGCUCACCUGUGAGGAAUGCAAAAUUAAGCAUGGAUUAAAUGAGAAGGGAAGUUCACAGCCUUCGGCUUCCUAAACUUGUACCUGUGGCUUUUGAUGUUUCUUAAACCUCUGAGUUUGGACACAUUUAAAAUUUGAAGUGUACUUUAAAAUAAUAUAUGUAUAGUGGCACAGAAA